AUGUCGAAUGGUGGUUGUAGUUGUAAUGGUGGCACUGGACCACAUAAUAAGGUUACUUGCCCACCGGGUAACCUGAAAGAAUGUAUCGAUUGGAUUCUGAGGGUGACGAAUAAGGAUGAUACGAAGAAUGGUGAUCAGAAUGGUAAGGAACUGGGAGAGGCUGUGGUGAAGUUACUUGAAGGAGCUACGAAAUACCUGGAUAGUUUAACUAAUGGUAACAAUGGUGGUGCCACUGAGAAACUCACAAAGGAUAAAGAUGUGCUUCAAGCAGUUAACGGUAAUGGUCAAUUGAUCACCAAAUUGGCCGAUAACUUGCAAAAGUUCAUUGGUUACAAUAAUGGUGGUGGUACCUUGACCGGCAAUGGUAUUGGUAACCAAGGUACUAGUGGUGGUGCUGGCCAGAAAUACACCUCUACCUAUACGGGUGAUUGGAAUUCUGUCGGAAAUGAACAAAACAAACAACUUUGCGCUCGCAUCUUCCUCGGCACUAUCCCCGUAAUGUUUUCCGGUUUGAGUUAUUUGUAUUGGCAAUGCAAUACGGGUAAUGGUCGUGGUGAUACUAGAUGGUCCACUCAUCAAAUUAACAAACCCCCCCUCGGCAUAUAUCUUGUCUGCUCAGGCUAUGAUAGUAAACAACUAAAUCAGAAAGGUUCUGGUUCUGGUGGCAAAAAUAUCACCGGUACGGAAGUAGCUAAGUUACUCAAAGAGCUGUUCUCCGAUAACAACGGUGCUACCAAAGUCUCCAACCCCUACCCCGAGUACAUCAACGAAGUACUAAAAAACACCAACACAACAUCACCUGACACCCACCCCCUCUCCAGUCUCUACCUCGCAUCACAAUAUUAUUUCCAAUAUAAAUUCCAUCCCGGGUCCCCUAAUCGGGUCCCCUGUAGUAUAAGGGAAAUGCUAUACUGGCUCAUGGCUCUGCCAUAUAGUGGUUGUUUUCCAUUGGCACCAGAAGUUAUCAAAAAGAGUAUUGAUAAGAUUACUGAAAAUGCUGACAUUAGUGGUGGGGAGCAUGGUGGUAUUAUACCAUUCAAAGAUGUCACCUUGAAAUCUUCUGAUCCCCUCGACUGUCUUAUAUCCACAUCAUGUCAUUACGCCGCUGUGGUACUAUCCACUAUGCAAGGGAAAUUGUCUAGUCCCAAAACAUCCACAACGACAACUGACACUCCCCUUGGCAAUCCAACCAAUAUUCACGACAUCUACUCGAAUACUGCCUUCAACUUUGAAUAUCCCACAACCGCAGGUGCAUUAUUCCCUGUUCUAUGGGAUAUAAUUUACUGUUUAUUGUCUCAAUUAUAUUUCCUCCGAAGACUAUGUCAAUUCAAAUUGGGAACUGGUUGCGGUUGGUUGUAUUGUAAAUACGGGAAAGACGUAAAAUAUGACAACCUUAAAUCUUGGAUUUGCACUGUUACCCCAGGUGAAACACAUAGUUCAGGUAGUGGUGGCAACACUUGCACAGAAUCCCAACAACACAUCAACAAUUGCGGCCAAUCCCAUGCCUCUCCCUCCCCCCUCCAAGCUUUCCUAUGUGAUUAUCUUACACCAUUCCAAUGCGAAUCACUUAAAAAUAAAGAAUGUCACAUGAAGAAUGGUCAACUUGUAUCGACAAAUGGUGUCACCACUGUACCAUAUAGUGACCAUGUUUCCCAUCGCAAUUUCAAUCAAUAUUGCCCCGUCCCUAUGGGAUUCAACAAGGAACUCCUCCCACAAAAUGGUCGUACUGGUCACUACAUCUAUGAGAUACUUGAUUACUUCACCCAAGAUGACCGUAACUACGUCAGUUUAUACAAUAUAACUUUAUGCCUGCUUAUUGUAUGUAAACGAACACCAAGAACGGUGGGCGAUCUCUUUGGGUUUUUCUUGUAUCUUGAUGAGAAUAUGGAAACUGCCAUCAAUACCGAAUCUAUGAAAAUACCAUGGAGCAAUGGUUCCAACUCCAUCACUACCGCUGUCGAAAAUCUUGGCAAAGACCAUGACGAGGACUCUGACGAUGCCUCUCACCCCGCCAACCUUAACACCCUCCGUUACAGUGAUUGUGAUACCACGGGCGUAACCUGUGGCAAGUACCUUGACCCCCUGUCAUUCCUUAUCUAUUGCAACGUCUCCGUAGCUUUCGCUAUGUCCUAUUUAUCACGUAUUGUCUAUCUAACGGAUGUACUCAAAGAUGGUCUAAAACAGUUACAGAAGGAUUUCCAAAAACUGAAGUGUAAGCAUCAUAAUAAUAAAAGUUGCAAUGCCGGUUGCCACGAGUCAAACAGUUGCCAAUGUCCUACCAUCGUCGAAUGCAGCGAAGUCCUUGGUCUCUUAUACAGCUACGGCCUCCAUUACUAUUAUCCAGAAGUGUUGCAUAGUGGCACAGGGGAAGACCCUGAGCAAAAACGCCAAUGCAACGAUUUCUCCACUCAACUCAACGCAGUCAUCACCGGAAACCUCUUCGACGACCUCCUCAAAGAAAUCAACAAAUUCCUCACCUGCAUCCGCAAACCAUUCCUCUACUACCUCCUAACAUUCUGGCUUAUAGCCAUUCUGUACUUCAGCUACGGACUAACAAUACCUCUGGACCUCCUCCACAUCCGUUCACAUUUGAGACCCGCUUUGUCCCAUCAAAUAUCGGUGUUGGCGUUAUUAUCACACAAGGCAAUGGCACCAACAAAGGUUGGGUAUUUCACACCGUAA